CGGUCUUUUCCUCUCUCCAAACACACAACACUUAUCUCUUUCCUUUCACCCCCCGGCCUCACCACAAGCAACCAAGCUGUCUCUUGUUGGUUGUGUAGCUGGCCUGUUGGAAGUACAGAAGCACAACUAUCCUCUCCUCCUGAUACCUAAACUCCAGACCCCAAAUCCUUCCGUUUCCUAAUUCCUCCGCCGCUGCUUCUUCUCUCUCUCCUAAUUACUCAUGUCUUGCUGGUGUAACGUACGGGUCAACAAUUAACAACUCAUGGGACAUCAGUGGAUUUUGGAGGAGGUAAAUUAAAAACCAAGAUAGCUAGGUAAGGGCCUUCUUUUUAUGAUUUUGAGGAUUGAUUAGUAUGGAAGUAAGAGGGCAAGAGAAUGAUGUUAAACCUCCGGGGUCUUCGAGUUAUGGGCAUAAAUAUUCUCCGGAAAUGGAAAGGAGGGAUGGGAACCAUAGUGGGAGUAAUGUACUAACUUGCACUCAGUCCUUAGAUCAUGUCCACCGUCCACAAAGACUACCAUCUUUUGGUCAAGGAAGGUCUCAAAAUGCAGAUCGAGCCGCGAUUGCACCCAUCUCGAAGGCGGUGCGAUACAGGGAGUGUCUCAAGAACCACGCCGCCAGUGUGGGGGGCAGUGUUUUCGAUGGAUGCGGUGAGUUCAUGCCCAGCGGGGAGGAAGGAAGUCUAGAGGCCUUGAAAUGUGCUGCGUGUGACUGUCACCGCAACUUCCAUCGCAAGGAGGUCGACGGGGAGACCCAAUUCAGCGGGAAUUCUAGCAGGAGGCCACUGUUGCUUAACCCACUCCAGCUGCCUCAGCCGCUGCAUUCCCCAACCAUGUUGAAGUACUCGAUGCACCCAAGUCCAUCAAGUGCAAUGGUUGCACCCAUGAAUGUAGCCUUCGGUGGCACAAGUGGCGGGACCGAGUCUUCAAGCGAGGAUCUCAACGUGUUCCAGUCUAACAACGAGGGAAUGCCACCACCGCCUCCUUACGUACUGUCCAAAAAGCGGUUCCGAACAAAGUUUACGCAGGAGCAGAAGGAGAAGAUGCAGGAGUUCGCAGAGAGGUUGGGCUGGAGGAUUAACAAACAAGAGGAUGAAGAGGUGGAGAAGUUUUGUGCUGAGGUUGGGGUGAGGAGGCGGGUGUUUAAGGUAUGGAUGCAUAAUAACAAGAGCAAUGGGAAGAAGCAGCAACAAGAUCAGUAGAUGAGUAGUAGAAUGGAAAUAUGAUUGGUAUAGGGGAAGAAGAAGGUGGAUUGAUGAUUAAUUAAUUAACUGGAAGUUUGCUAUUUCCAUUCUACUGCUCAUCUGCGGAUCUUGUUGCUACUUCCUCACAUUGUUCUUGUUAUUAAGCAUCCAGAUUUGUGUAAUAUUCUUCCUCCUUUGUUGGUUGGGAUCUUUUCCAAACAAAAUCCUGCGUUUUUAUUCUUUUUCAAGUUAUUUAGUGCUUUUCUCAUCAAGAAUAUUAUCAUCUUUAUCUGAUCUUUUAAUUAAGUUCUUGCAUAAAAUUAUGUGCACCUA